CAAGAAUAUGUUGUUCAGAGUCCUAGGAAUCUACUGCACGAUAUUGCUGCCUUUCUCAGUUGCACCGAUCUGCUGACUGUGUCCUGUUCUACCAGGCCGUGUACCCAAAAUACGCAGUACAUGGCCCAAAUAACCUGCUGUUGAAACCAAUAUACCGUAAACAUAGUAUUGGAGUAGGACUGGCAGUGCUGCAUUGUGUUGAGAAUGUUUUCCAGGGCGUCAAUGGUUCAGGCAGACACCGCUGGGCAGUGUGGGGGCAGCCAAUUGCGCCCAGUCUGCUGUCCAAGUCCAGCAUUUUUAACUCAAUGUCAUAUCAGGGCAAAUGGCUAUGCCCUCCGUCCCCAUAGGAAGACUCGUAGGAGGGCUUGCAAACCAAGCUGUGCUACAGGCAGUGCUACAUCUGGGGCUGAGCUGCAAGGCAGGUCAUAUCGAGGCCACUUGCAGUACACUACACGUAUGGCCACGACAGCUGACUUCUGGGCGAUUGCUGAAGUGCAUGCGCAGAGCUUCUACCCAACUGCGGACUGGCUAUUUGGUCCAUUGCUCCGGCUAGACCGAGUGUGCGCCUUGCAGAUGGGCAUCGAUGCUGAUGUGAAAGGAGGCAGGGGCCGUUUUGCAUGCCUGCUUGCCCACAGCUUAGAGGCUGAAGAGGAGAGCAGCUUUGUCAAGCCGCUUUUGGGGCACCCUGGCGCCAACGUCCCACCCUUCUUCAAGUUCCUGCUCUCAGAGAACCUGCAGGUUGGGUUCUCACUGUCUCCUGAGAGGCUGGGGCUGCUGGGCGCUGUGGUGAUUGACAUGCAGGGGCAGCACAUGCCAGCAGAGCGCAUAGAGAAGGGGCCCUUUGUGGCCUACCAGCGACCAGAGGAUGUCGCCUACAUCAGCAACCUGGCAGUGUCUCCUGCAGCCAGGAGACUGGGCGUGGGGGAGGAGCUCUUGACAGCCGCAGAGAAAGUCGCCAAAGAUUGGGGCUGCAAAAUGAUCUGCCUGCACUGCGACCCUUUCAACGAGGCGGCCUGCGGCCUGUACAACAAGUAUGAGUACACCAAAGUGCGAACUCAGGUCAACUGGCUAUCGUUUGCUGGCGGACCGACGCGUCUGCAGCUCAUGCAAAAGUCCAUUGCUUGACUGAGAGCACAUGUAUCAACAGACACAACUCUGCCAUUGAUGACUCACAGUUUGCGAGAGGCUGUAUUUGUAUUCCCCUGGACCAGGGCACCCUAGAACAGUAAUUGAGACAACCUAAUAUAGAUUUUGUGGAUUAUAGCAAGCAAGCUGUGAAGUACGAAAUCGAAAGGGACUGGAUAGUCGUUCGCACCUCCUGGGACCUACAGGAGGGCAGUUUAUUUUCAAUAGGGAAUCAUACUUGUAAUUGUCACACUGU